UUCUAAUCCUUCCCCCUCGGCCAAUUCCGGGGAGGAACCCUUUUUAGAUCCUUCCACGUGGAAGCGUAGGACGAAUUUCGUCCACACCAUCCGGAAUGGCCAACAUGGCGGCCGCCGUGAGAGGCCUCGGUAGAGUCUUGAUACAUCAUCAAAAGCAUAGUCUUUUCAAGAUGGCUUAUCAGAUAGCUCUUUAUCCUUGUUCUGUAUGUGUUCAUGGGCCCACCAGACAUUUUGCUGCUGCUACAAAGCCUGCAAAGAAAACGAAAAAAGGUGUGAAAGGCAAGGCAUCAGAUGAGAAAAAAGAUGAGAUUGAAAAAAUAAAGUCAUACUCCUUUAUGGAAGGUGAACCUGAGGAUGAUGUCUACUUAAAGCGCUUGUAUCCAAGGCAGAUAUAUGAGGUGGAGAAAGCUAUUCAGUUACUUAAGAAAUUUCAAAUUCUGGACUUUACUAAUCCAAAACAAGGUGUUUAUCUUGAUUUGACACUGGAUAUGGCACUGGAGAAGAAGAAAAAAGUGGAGCCGUUUGCCAGUGUUCUUCGUUUUCCAUACCCAUUCGUUUCAGAAAUCAAUAAAGUUGCUGUAUUUACAGGGAAUGCAUCUGAGAUUAAAAUAGCAGAAGAACAUGGAGCUGCAUUUGCAGGAGGAGUUAAUCUGAUUCAGAAGAUUUUGGAUGAUGAAAUUCAAUCAGACUUUUAUGUAGCUGUUCCAGAAAUAAUGCCCGAGCUUAACCCAUUAAAGAAAAAGCUGAAAAAAAGAUUUCCAAAACUAACUCGAAAUUCCAUUGGCCGUGACAUCCCCAAAAUGCUUGAAUUAUUUAAAAUGGGACAUGAAAUUAAGGUAGAUGAAGAAAGGGAAAACUUUCUUGAGACCAAAAUAGCAACAAGAGAAAUCACAAGUAGAUGGAGAGGCAGGCAGAGAAAGAGAGAGAGAGGGAAGCAGGCUCCCUGCUGAGCAGAGAGCCCGAUGCGGGGCUCGAUCCCAGGACCCUGAGAUCAUGACCUGAGCCGAAGGCAGUGGCAUAACCCACUGAGCCACCCAGGCGCCCCGAGGUAGAAUUUUUCUUAAUGAAAAAUAAAUUAAUUUCCGUGUUUAAAGAGAAUCUUUGUGUUUUAAAUUUUUUUAUUUUUUGAGAAUCUUUUUUAAUACUACUUAAAUAUUAUAGUAUUAUGUAGUAUAACAGAUUAAGAGAGUGGAUUUUAGAUUUAUACUGUCUGGAUUCAAAUCCUAGUUCCAGAUUGGAAUUGUGUUCCAUCGCUCUCUGGGCCCCAUUCCCCAUUUUCCCUAAAGGCAAAAUGACGUUAAUGGUGAUGCAUACAUUCUAGGCUAGGAAGGAAUAGUUGAACUAAUGACUCUAAAGCAGACUUCUACUUCUGGCCAGCAUGAAGUAACAGGGACCUGAUUACUUUUUCACCUGGGAUAGUCAGCAUUACCUCGAUACCAAAACCAGGCAAAAAAUAUAGUCCGCUAUCAUUCAUGAAAAAUAGAUGUAGGGGCUCCUGGGUGGCUCAGUGGGUUAAGCCUCUGCCUUUGGCUCAGGUCAUGAUCUCAGGGUCCUGGGCUCGAGCCCAGCAUCGGGCUCUCUGCUCAGCGGGGAGCCUGCUUCCUUCCCCCUCCUCUCUCUCUGCCUGCCUCUCUUCUUACUUGAGAUCUCUCUCUGUCAAAUAAAUAAAUAAAAAUUUUGGGGAAAAAAUAGUUGUUAAAAUUAUAAACUAAAUUUUAGCUAAUAGAAUCCAGCAAUAUAUAUAUAAAAAAGGAUAACAUGUCAUCACCAAGUAGGGUUUAUCCUAGAAAUACUAGUUCAUUUAACAUUAAGUGAUCAAUCAUUAAAAUUCACCAUAUUAACAAAUUAUAAAUAAAAGCCAUCUGAUCAUCUCAGUAGAUAGAGAAAGCAUUUGAGAGAAUCGAACCUUCAUUUCUGAUCAGAAAGUCUCAGCACACUAGGAACAGAAGUUAAUGCCCUCAACCUGACAGAAGGCGUCUAAGAAAAAUCAACAACUAACAUUAUACUUGGAGGCGAAAAACAAUACUUUUCUUCUAAGAACAGGAGCAAGUUAAUGAUGUUCACUUUUACCACUUCUGUUCAGCACCGAUCUAGGGAUUUUAGGCAGUGCGGUCAGGUGGGCACUUGAGUUGUUUCCAUUUUUUUGCUAUUACAAGUAAAUUACAAGCAAAUACUGUUACAAGUAAAGAAAAAUUAUAGUAAUAUCAAAAAAUAGCAAAUACUUAGAGAUAAAUCUGACAAAAGAUGUGCAAGAUCCAUACAUGAAGAUUUCAAGACAUAGCUGAGGGAAAUUAAGAUCUAAUAAAUAAUGAGGUGUACCAUGUUUAUGGGUCAGUGAAUCCGGUGUAAGUAGUGAGGUGUACCAUGUUUACGGUCAGUGAAUCUGGUAUUGUUAAGAUGUCAGUUGUCCCCAGAGUCAUGUGUAGAUGCAGUACAUUCUUGAUCAAAAUUCCAUUUAGCCUUUUUCUUUUGGUAGAAACUGGCAAGCUGAUUCUAGGAUUCACAUGGAAAUACAAAGGAUCUAGAAUAACUAAAACAACUUCGACAAAUAGCAAAGUUAGAGAUCUACCUGAUUUCAAGAUUUAUAAAGCCAGUGGUAUUUAAGGCACUGUGGUAUUGACAUCAAAAAAGAUGAAAUGAUAGUGGAAGAGAAUAGAGUCCCCAAAACCCAAUGGGGUUUGUUUGUUUGUUUGUUUGUUUGUUUUAGACAGCUGACUUAAAACAUGUUGCAAAGUCAUUUUUAAUGGAGAAACAUUAAUCUUUUCGAGAAAUAGUACUGGAACAAUUGAAUAUCUGCAUACAGUAAAAUGAACUUUGACCCAUGACAUAUCAUAUAUAAUUAGCUCAAAAUGUAUCAAAGACCUAAACAUAAUGCCUAAAAUUAUAAAACCUGUGGAAGAAAUAAAACCUGUGAGUUAGAGAGUGAUUUUUUUUUUUUAGAUGUGAAAUGAAAAGCAUAGCAUAAUCCACAAAAGAAGAAAUUAGUAAAUUGCACUGUAUAAAAAUAAAAAGCAUUUGCUCUUUAAAAGAUGUUAUUAAGAGAAGAUAAAUCACAGGCUGGGAUAAAAUAUUUACAAAUCAUCUAACUGAUAAAUCCAUAAUGUAUGAAGAGCUCUUAAACUUCAAUAAUAAUAAAAAAAACCCAGUUUUAAAAAUGAGCAAAAGAUUUGAACAUACCUGAUCAAAGUGUGACAAACACAUGGCAGACAAACAGAUGACCAACACAUUGAAAGAUGCUCAGCAUUAUUAGUUGUGUUAACAGAAAUACAGACGAAAACCACUGUGAGCUAUCACUGUACAUCUGUGGGAAUAAUUAAAAUUAGAAAAACAGACCAUAGCAAAUAUUGAUAAGGAUAUGGAGAGAUUGGAACACUUACGCUAUUGUGGCAGUGUAAAAUGAUACAACCUCUUUGGCACAUUUUGGCAGCUUAAGAAAGUUAACAUCCAGGGGUGCCUGGGUGGCUCAGUUUGUUGGGUGGUCAACCCUGGAUUUUGGUUCAGGUCAUGAUCUCAGGGUCCUGGAAUCGAGCCCUGCACAAAGCAGGGAGGCUGCUUCAGGACUCUCCCUCUCCCUCUCCUCCUCCCCCACUUGCCUGCUCAUUGUCUGUCU